AUGGAAGACAUCAGAGGUCCAUUCAAGGGGAUAAUCAAAGACAUCAAGGGAAGAAGGACAUGUUACAAGGAAGAUUGGGUCAGUGGAUUUUGCUCAGGCUUUAGGAUAUUAGCUCCGACUGCCUAUAUCUUCUUUGCUUCCGCUCUUCCUGUCAUUGCCUUUGGAGAGCAAUUGAGUCGAGAUACAGAUGGCACUCUCAGCACGGUGGAAACGUUGGCUUCUACAGCUAUUUGUGGAAUCAUUCACUCCAUUUUUGGUGGGCAGCCUCUGUUGAUAGUAGGUGUUGCAGAGCCAACAGUUAUAAUGUACACUUAUUUGUACACUUUCAGCAUCGGAAGGCCAGAGUUGGGCAAGGAACUCUUUUUGCCUUGGACUUCUUGGGUCUGUGUAUGGACUGCUCUGCUGCUCAUUCUUCUUGCUAUAUUCGAUGCAUGCACCAUAAUCACCAGAUUUACUAGAAUUGCAGGAGAGCUUUUUGGCAUGUUGAUAACUGUUCUUUUCCUCCAAGAGGCUGUUAAGGGAGUUAUCAGUGAAUUUAGUAUACCCAAAGGUGAAAAUCCUAAGUUGGAGAACUAUCAGUUCACCUGGCUAUAUACAAAUGGGUUGCUGGCAGUCAUUUUCUCCUUUGGGGUUCUAUUAACCGCCCUAAAGACACGAAAGGCAAGAUCAUGGCGUUAUGGAACAGGUUGGCUUCGAAGUUUUAUUGCAGACUAUGGGGUUCCCCUAAUGGUCUUGUGUUGGACAGCAUUGUCUUACUUAAUACCUGGACAAGUCAUUUCUGGGGUUCCCAGGAGGCUGCUCUGUCCACUUCUUUGGGAACCUGCAUCAUUAUAUCAUUGGACAGUGAUAAAGGAUAUGGGAAAGGUUCCAAUUAUGUACAUCUUGGCUGCCUUUAUACCAGCAUUGAUGAUAGCAGGUCUAUACUUCUUCGAUCACAGCGUCGCUUCACAGAUGGCACAGCAAAAAGAGUUUAACCUCAAAAAACCCUCUGCUUACCACUAUGAUAUCUUGUUGCUCGGAGCUAUGACUUUGAUUUGUGGGUUGCUGGGACUUCCUCCUUCAAAUGGUGUCCUUCCACAAUCUCCCAUGCACACUAAGAGUCUUGCGGUUCUCAAGAGGCAGUUAAUUCGGAAAAAAAUGGUAAAAAGUGCCAAGGAGGGCAUGUUGCAACAAGCAAGCAACUCAGAAAUAUAUGGCAGAAUGCAAGCCGUGUUUAUAGAAAUGGAUGCAUCUCCUGCUCAUAUUUCAGUGGACAAAGAGUUGAAGAACUUGAAAGAGGCUGUGAUGAAAGGUGAUGAUGGGAAGGAUGCAAAAGAAAAUUUUGAUCCUGAUAGACAUAUUGAUGCUUUUUUGCCUGUUAGAGUUAAUGAGCAAAGAAUGAGCAACCUGUUACAGUCAUUCCUUGUGGGAAUUUCAAUGUGUGUUCUGCCUGUAAUAAAAAUGAUUCCUACCUCGGUACUCUGGGGAUAUUUUGCCUAUAUGGCCAUUGACAGCCUCCCAGGGAGCCAGUUCUGGGAAAGGCUGUUGCUACUCUUCAUCACCCCUAGCAGGCGUUACAAAGUCCUGGAAGGUGCUCAUGCAUCAUUUGUAGAGUUGGUACCUUUCAAGUCCAUUUUGAUAUUUACACUCUUCCAAUUUGUAUAUCUUCUGGUAUGUUUUGGGGUGACAUGGAUACCUAUAGCUGGAAUACUGUUUCCACUACCGUUCUUCCUUCUGAUCAGCAUCAGACAGCACAUCCUUCCAAAGCUUUUCCAGCCUGAACAUCUUCAGGAACUAGAUGCUGCUGAGUAUGAAGAAUUUGCUGGUACACCAAGAAGAAACUUUAGUACAACACUCAAGGAAAGGGGACCACCUGAUUUUGGCAGUGAAGAGACUGAAGAUGACUUUUAUGAUGCUGAGAUAUUGGAUGAGAUGACAACCAACAGAGGAGAGCUGAGGCUUAGAACUGUAAGCACCAAGGAAGAAAGGUCAUAUCAGGUUCAUCCAGAAUAAUAUGCCCGAACUCAUUGCAAGCAACAUUAGUAUUUAGCGUAUGAUGAGCCUGCUAUGAUGAGGAUUGCUAAGUCCAGAUUAUAAUUAUUGGCCGGAUUGAAGAAAUAAUCAUGAUCUUUAGGAAAGAAUGUCUGGGAAU